AUGGAUUGUACACUUUUCGUACUACGAGCAGCACUGCUAUGCGGUUGCGCAUGCGGCUUUUGGCUGUAUGAGCUUUCUCGUCGUCGGCGACAUCCACUGAGCAACAUACCUGGACCUCGAUCGCCAUCAAUCAUCAGAGGUAACAUGGGCCAAUUUUUCGGCUUUGAAUCUAUAGCAUUCCAGCUCGAUAUCAUAAACUCCUUUACUGCGUCGAGUGUCGUCAGACUACAUGGCAUGUUUGGGAGACCGGUGUUGUACGUAUACGACCCGAAGGCGCUCCACACAGUGCUCAUCAAGGAAGAGGACAACUUCGAGCAAUCUGCAAGGUUAAUCAAUUGGCCCUGCAUGGUUUCCACGCUAGGUACCCACCACCGUAGACAGCGGAAGUUGCUGAAUCCCGUGUUCACCACGAACCGCAUGCGCUCACUGCUUCCCAUAUGUUAUAAAUCGGAUUCACGGUACGCCACGUCUAUGGUUGCAUCUGGGCCCCAAGAGUUAGAUGUGCUCUCUUGGACCACGAGGAUCGCACUAGAAUCCAUAGGCCAGGGUGCGUUCGGACAUUCCUUCGAUACUCUUGCGGAUGCGAGAAGAAGCGAGUUCGGUCAAACUGUCAUGAAGCUUUUCCCAGCUAUUGCUUGUCUUUAUCUAUGGGCGGAUACAUUCCCUAUCCUCGAUCGUAUUCCAACGCCGAUACGAAAGUUUCUGGCUUAUUUCUCUCCUGUCCAAGCGGGCCACGAGCUGAGGAGGCUCAUGAACGAUAUUUUGUGGCAUGGGACGAAAAUGUUUGAAGAAAAGAAGCGUGCACUCGGGGAUGGUAACUCGGGCGUAGUAGAGCAAAUGGCUCGCGGGAAUGACUUCAUGAGCCUGCUGAUGAAGGCAAACAUGGCCGCAUCUGAAGCAGACAGCCUACCGGAAGCGGAGGUGAUCGCUCAAACGGCAGUCCUCAUCGUAACUGCUACCGAUACUACGUCGAAUACGCUGGGUCGCAUCCUGCAACUCCUUGCCGAAAAUCCAGACGUGCAACACAGACUGCGCGAAGAGGCCAUCGAAGCAUGGCAAGACGGCCAUGUCGCAUACGGUCGUUUGAUGCAGUUGCCGUACAUCGACGCCGUCUUCCGAGAAACCAUGCGUCUACACUCACCGGCGACGUGGGUGAUCCGCGAUGUCAGAAGGGACACUGUUUUGCCCUUGUCGACACCUAUCGUUGGCAUUGACGGCACGGUAAUGGAUGAAAUCCCUGUCCCGAAGGGUUGCGAAGUCAUCAUUGGCCUUUUGGGUGCCAACACCAACAAGGCUAUCUGGGGCGAGGAUGCCCUGCAGUGGAAGCCCGAGCGAUGGCUGAACCCGCUGCCUCCUACUGUUGCUCGAAAUACGUUUCCCGGCGUCUCUCCAAAUCUCAUGUCCUUCAGUGGCGGUCGACGUGCUUGCAUAGGAUGGAAAUUCGCGGAGAUGGAAAUCAAGGCUAUGCUGUCUAUCCUCUUGCCGAGGUUUGUGUUCUCCCCGGGCAGCAGGGAGAUCGUCUGGAGAGCUGCACACGCAGUCUUCCCGACAGUUGGGGAUGACGCGAUGACACCGCAACUGCCGCUCACGGUUUCAUUAUACCAUGCUGCACCUCCCAACUGAAUGGAUCGGCCACUCGAAGCGCACGACGCACAUUGCGCCGGGGUCCCACAGCUACAGAUGCUCCGGUGUAGCUGCUAGUGUGGAGACAGGCCGCGCGUCAGCGUGGCAUAAAGGUGUCAACAAAUGCCCGCGGAGCACUUGAGUAGUGCAUUUCUCUGCAUGAUCGUAUU